CUUCACUCUCUCACAGGAGGCCAUCUAAAAUUGGUGGCUUUUUAAUGUGGUCGAUACAUUUCACAAGAUUUUUGGUGUAACUAGCGUCUUAUCCAGGCUGGAUGUAAAUUUAAAUCUUUGCAAAAUGACACCGGAAAAUGAAGUGCAUUGACCUCCAGUCACCUCUUACAACCAAUUAGGACAGUGAUUAUGAUUGAGUUGCACCUUGUUUUAAACCGACCAUUGGCAGAAGAAUCUGAUUGGCUUAAAACACUUUGAAAUAGCUUUCAACAGUAACGCUGGUAUUGAGUAGCAUCUUAUUGGAAUUACUGUGCGUGCUUCAGGGUCACAGGUUUACAGCAGUAUCCGUCCAAAGCCUUGGCUGCCAGCAUGGCUUUCCUAAUAUGGGUACUACAAUUGUCUCUCCUACUUGUUGAGGAAUGCCAAGUAAAUGCUUUCAGGAAUGGCUUGACAGAGAAGCUUGGAUAUCAACAAGGUCCUGUCCGAAGCCCCAUGUACCAGUCCUAUGAAGAGCAGACCGGCUCUGCUACCCAGCAGCCUAGCCGUGGGCAGCAAAAGCCAUGGAUGCCGAAGCAGCAGCCUCGUGGCUACAAGCAGCAGAAGCAGCAGCAGCAGCCUCGUGGCUACAAGCAGCAGAAGCAGCAGCAGCAGCCUCGUGGCUACAAGCAGCAGAAGCAGCAGCAGCAGCCUCGUGGCUACAAGCAGCAGAAGCAGCAGCAGCAGCCUCGUGGCUACAAGCAGCAGCAACAGCAGCAGCGUCGUGGCUACAAGCAGCAGCAACAGCAGCAGCCUCGUGGCUACAAGCAGCAGCAGCAGCCUCGUGGCUACAAGCAGCAGCAGCAGCCUCGUGGCUACAAGCAGCAGCAGCAGCCUCGUGGCUACCAGCAGCAACAGCAGCAGCCUCGUGGCUACCAGCAGCAGCAGCCUGGUGGCUACCAGCAGCAGCAGCCUGGUGGCUACCAGCAGCAGCAGCCUGGUGGCUACCAGCAGCAGCAGCAGCCGCCUCGUGGCUACCAGCAGCAGCCGCCUCGUGGCUACCAGCAGCAGCCGCCUCGUGGCUACCAGCAGCAGCCGCCUCGUGGCUACCAGCAGCAGCCGCCUCGUGGCUACCAGCAGCAGCCGCCUCGUGGCUACCAGCAGCAGCCGCCUCGUGGCUACCAGCAGCAGCCUAGUGGCUACCAGCAGCAGCCUAGUGGCUACCAGCAGCAGCAGGAGGAGCCUAGUGGCUACCAGAAGCAGCUGGAGGAGCCUAGUGGCUACCAGCAGCAGCUGGAGGAGCCUAGUGGCUACCAGCAGCAGGAGGCGCCUCGUGGCGACCUGCCCUUGGAGCAGCUUCUACAAGAACUACAACCGCAGCAAGCUCAACAGUAUCGUAGCAUUGGGCCUAAGCUAUGUACCUUUAUUGGGACUAUAGCAAGGUGGCUGACGGGUCCUAGCUGUGUGACUCAGCAUCUAUCCGAGGAGCCAGAGGAGUCCGAGGAGCCCAGGGAACCCGAGGAGUCCGAGGAACCAAAGGGUUCACAAAAGCAGCAGCAGCCCGCGCAGCAGCGGUCUCUGCAGCCCCCCGCGCAGCAGCAGCGGUCUCUGCAGCCCGCGCCGCAGCAGCCGUCCCCGCCGCAGCAGCCGUCCCCGCCGCAGCGGCCGUCGCCGCAGCAGCGGCCCGCGCAGCAGCCUCGAUGGCUUUUACUGCAGCCUUUCUCCAGUCAACUGCUGGCUCAGCGGCAGCCUGCACAGCAACCGCCCACACGGCAGCAGUCUCCACAGCAGCCAACACCUCAAUGGCUGCUCCGGCAGUCCACUUAAAGGUUCUUGACAAUGAUGUGGUGAAUGUCUUUUGGUGACGUCCAUAACUAAACUGGUUCCCCAAAUUGCAUCACCGACAUUUGAAUGGUCUUGGGGUGAACAGUGGAGGAACCUCGGUGAGUUGAGUUCAACCCUCUGCCUACAGAAAAAGAAUAAAGCUUUCUUUUAAUUGGUG